AGGAAAACAAACUGCCGGCAGACUGCAGUUGCCCGUGAUUUAUUGUACUAAUUUAGCUUUUCUACUCGAGGGGAAAAGCUUCUUUUCCGGUGAAACUUUCAUUGAACCUGUUUACAAGUCAAUACACGGAGGGAGAGCGUUUCACAAGAACCAUGCCUGCACGAAUCAUUGUCAUAACGAUAACUGCCUUUGCUUUCAUCGCGGGAUCUUCGCUUGAGGUAUUACGCGCAAACAUAAACAAGUCUGUAUGGUGCCUUCGCGCUUGUGGGUUGGAAAAAGAUAAAACUUUAUCCGAGAGAGUUCAGGUCCUGAAAUCUUUCUCUUGUUACCGGUGUCGUAAAAGGAGCAGGAGAGAUAUCGGUGUCCUUACUGCGAAGACCAGCGCAAAGCGCCGAAAAAGAUCUUUUUCUAUAGAUGAUUGUGGACACACGGCCAGUAACGGAACACUUUUCCCGAAACAACAGUUUACAUCCAGGCCAAAGGUAACCUUUGGACAAUACGAAAAAACAGCUAACUGGUAUGCAAAUGUCUCUUGGGAUCCAGUUAAAGAUCCUGAUGGCGUUUUGAAAGGUUACAAGGUUGAGUUAGAGCUCGGUUCUGAUCCAAGUAUACUUUGCUCUGUGCUGCCAAAGAAUCAAACGUCUCUCAGCAUUAAUAUCUCUCACUAUGGCUAUACUUACCCGGACCUAAUUUAUCUCUUGAUUCUAAGCAUACCCUCCAAAGUAACCGCUUCUGAGAUGGAAAGUUACGACGUAAGAAUAGCAACAUCAACACAAACAACAAUAGCAAAAACAACAGCUUCUAAAGAACCAACAAGAGAGACGACAAAGAAAGGUACUAACAAAACCAUCCAGUACGUGUCCAUUUUCGUUGGUUUGGCGGUUGGUAUCCUUUUGGUAAUAGUUGCUGUUGUCGUACUUAGAAAGAUCUUUUUGUGGCGCAAGAUGAGAGAUCAACCGGAAUCUGAUGAAGAUGUGACAAAAAUUAUAUCUGAUGACGAAGGUUUGGAUUGAGUGUAGGCUGCCAGGAGCUCGUCAUUUGUAUAUUCGCAUUCGUUAAAGAGACUUUGAGGCU